UCUAAAGGAUAUUUAAAUUAAUCUUGUAUUAACAAAUAAUAUAAUUAUUUAAUUUGAAAAAUAAUAAUAAUUAAAAAAUGGUCUGUGAGAAAGAUAAUCAUUCUUUUAGGAUUUGUCGUUGCGCCUGUAGGUGGCGUUGCAAGUGUGUGUUAAUUCGUGAAAGAAAACCUCAUCCACCAUUCAAUAUUGGACUGAAAUCGAGAGUUCAAUUAGGUUUGCAUCCUAAAUUAGACCAGCAGUCGCAUGAAUCACCACCAAUUGGCUCUUACGAACUACCACCGAUUCGAAAAAAAUGCUUGGUCAUAAGUUGGAAAAGGAAGGAGGAAAUGGAAGAAUUUUCUGCGACACAAGGAGGACGCCUUUUGGGCAAAUUUGGGAUAUUGGAGAAAGAGAAAAAAAGUAAUAUCGGUCCUGGGACUUAUCAGUUGGACCAGUGGCCUGAAAAUAUUUUCGAAAAGAGAGGAAGGAAUGUGAAAGGAGAUAUUGGCUUUGGAACAAUGUCUCGGUUUCCGAAAAAAUCAAAGUUUUCGACUCCUGGGCCUGGUUACACUGGAAGGGAUCAUAAUCCAUUUUUUUACAUUGAUCAGAAUCGAUUUAAAGGGUUUUCUUCCACCCCAAGUUUCGAGUACGAUGGCUUGGCCCCAAGAAUUAAAAAAGAAAAAACGUGGUCUUUACCUCCUAAUAGGUAUAAUGUCCAACAUCCUGAUUGCAUAGACAAUGUUUUGAAAAAAGUUACUGGUAAAAGAGGACCCUACGAUUUAUUUACAGGGCCUAGGGAUAAUUCCACUAUUACAGGAUAUCUUGCAACUACUAAAAUAUUCGGAUACCCUGAUUGGCCUCAAAAAAUACCAGGAGAAAUUGAAAAACUUUUUAAUAAAUCGAACUAUUUUAAGGGUGUUUGGUCCAAUUGUCCAAGAUAUCCAAAGAAGCCAACGUUGAGAUUGAUGCAAAACGACCUAAGUCUGUGUUAUAAAGACCCAUCUCAACCAGGACCGGGUCAGUAUGAUCCAAAAUUCCCCGAAAGGCCAAAAAAUGCAAAAAAUUAUCCUUUUGGAAAAAGUGCCGAAAAAGAUAGGCCACUGCGUCCUAAAGAAAUUCGACCUGGACCAGGAAGAUAUAAUCCAAAAAUUGCAAAAAAUAUUAAGGGCUCUGGCUGGAGUUCAGUUUUCAAAAGCAAGAUCCCAAGGAUCAAAAAUCUAGCAAAAGAGACUUAUAACAGUUUUUGAAACUGUUCAAUUCUAAUUUUAUACAAAGUGCCCUAUUUAUUAUAUAAUGCGAUUUUUCAAUACAGAUUUCUGUUACCGGCAUUUAUCGACAUCUAGAAACUUCUAUGGUUUGUGUCUGUGCUGAAUAAAAAAUUCAGUAUGGACUCGAACCAUUCAAAUUUCUUGAUGUCGGUAAAUGUCGGUAAGACAACUCCAUAUUUAGAAGC